AUGCGUAUGGAAGAUAUAAAUUUCUAUUCAAUUAAAAAAUCUUUUAGUGAUUCUGCUGCAAUGCUUGAAAUAUAUUACGAACAAAUGUCACAUGAAGUACUUACAGAAAGCGAAUCUUAUAUGUUUGUUAAUUUUAUUUCUGAUAUUGGAGGGCAAGCUGGAUUGUGGUUAGGUGCUAGUAUUCUUACACUAUUUGAGCUUUUUGUCUUCGCUUUUCGCAUUUUUACAAUUGUUUGCCGUCGUCGCCUUCGUCGAAACACAAUUGAUUUUGACAUCGAAGAUGACGAUUUAGAACAACAACAAAAAAGGUCAACAUCCAAAGGAAUCCCUUCUUCGUUUACAACAACCCCAAAACAUUCUCAAAUGCGGAAAUCUGCUUCUUCUUUAACUUCUUUAAGUAUUAGAGCUUCGGCAUUAGAUGCUAAAGUACAGGCAGCAAAAAGUGAAAGAAAUACAUCUUUGGGGUCUUUAAAUUUGGCAUAUCAAUCACCUAAAACAAGAAAAGUAACGGCUGAGCCAUUUUCUUCGAGAUCCGCUCGAAAGCUAAGUAAACAAACAUCAUUUGCUGUAACGGAAGAUGAGGAAGAAGAGGAAAAUGGAAAUAUUGAAGAGGGUUAUUAUGACAAACAAUUAACUCCAAGUAGCGAUGAAAGAACUCUUGGUAAAAAUAAAUCAGUGGAAAGUAUGGGGACUUCAACCACUUCAAAUAAUAGUUAUGUUGAAGGAGGAGAAAUGAAUAAUAAUAAUAAUUCUUCAAAUAAAAUAAAAUUAAAAAAUUCACCAAAAAAGGAUACAAAAAAUAAAAAAGAAAUAAAGAAAAAGGAAGAUAAGAAGAAAGAAUUGAAGAAAAAGGAAGGAAAGAAAAAAGAUAAAAAGAAGAAAAAAGUUGUAGAAAAUCCCUAUGAAGUUUUAGUUUAA